AUGUCGACCGCAUCGCCUCAACCACCUUCCUCUCCGUCGCCUGAGUCCCCAAACGUCGCCGAACACGCGCAGCCGGUGCGCUCCUCGACAUUCUCUCCACCCCCCAACCCAUUACACGAAGAAGGACUCCCGGCUCUCGAAGACGUAUUCCGCGAUCCAACCCCUUUGAUGGUGGCGGAGAACGCGCGGGGAGGUCUUUCCCCGACCACAAUGGACACUCCCGCCCGAGACGGCGCUGUCGACGACCACUACGCUCAUGAGGAACCGGGCGCCCUCAGUGAUGCCCAACGCCAUAAUUCUGCAGUUGACCCAUCGACGGUGGAAGACCCCGCCCAUGACGAUUCGAACCUGUCCCUCCCCCCUUUGCCCGACAACGAUGAUAGCAGCCUUUUGUUGUCCGCCGACGAUGACUACCAGGAGCGAGUGGACGACCAAACCUUCAUCAAAGAAAAGGAAAUGCGGCGGCAGUUGAUGGAUAUGGAGUCCAGCUUUCUGCCGGAACCUUCGACCAUCGAAGUCGCAACCACGAACCGGAUGAUUGGUGCGGAUGAUACUUACUUGGUUGGAAUACACGAGGAGGAGCCUGUCCCUGAAGUGCUGGAAAACACGCAGAUUUCGUUCGUGCCGCCCGAUGAUUCUAUACAUGACAUCGCAGCGGCCGCGGAUGGCACUCACACACCUCAAACGCCCACCCCUGAGCACAGACCGGACACAGCGGAGGAUUUGGACGCAACGCCUGCCGCUUCCCCCGAACAACAUGGUGACAACACCACUAUCCUGGAAGCGAUCCCAUCAUCUCCUUCGGCGGCCGCUGCAGCGAGGACAAGUACCCGUAACCGGUCUACCUCAUCCGAAAAUGCGCCCGACACCAGCCAGAUUGCUCGCGACGAUGCAUUUGAUCGCUCUCCUGUACCGGACGCAGACAUCUCACUCCAAUCCAGCCAUCACAAAAUUCGCAGCCUAUCACGCAGUGUGUCCCCUGGAACGUCGAGGCUGUUUCAGGACAACAGCGCGAAUGACGCCGAUACAGCCUCCCAUACGAGCAGUCGUCGAAGCAACCGACCGAAGUAUCUGACUAGUCGUAGUUCGGCCCAUCGGCUUUCAUAUUCCUCGGUCACGAGUGCGGGUACAGAAAUCACAAACAGUGAUGCGACGUUGGGCGCCGACUACGCACUUCAAUCAGGCGGUGCAGCGCCGGGCAACCCGGGUUUAGCGCAUGCCGGACAGCGCAACACAUUGGCCCGGUCGGUCAGCUUGGGAAGCAUGGCAUCAGGUAUCUCGGGAUACAGUGAUGAGAACCUCUUUGAUCGGAAGAACCCUGGCGGGACCACGGAAGGAGGCCUACAGACCUUGGAUGAAGAGGAAGGCCCAACUCAGUCACGUCCGGGGUCGUCUUACCAACGGUAUCAGCAACAGCAGCAACAGCAGCAGCAACAACAACAGCAACAAUCAGAGCAGCGCCCUCAACAAGACUUCCAUCCCGAUGACGCUUCUGGACCGAUGACACCACGGGCGAAACCCCAAGACACCGGAUUUCCUACGGAUACGGUCCUCGCAGAACGUGUCAAAGACGUGCAGGUUCCCAGCGCAUUCGUGAAGCAGUUCCGGGAGGACUAUGGUAGCCGUGGAUUGUCGCCUGAAAAGCGGACGAGCGCCACUCCGGCCUUUGCCCGGAGUGGCCGCACCAUGACGCUCAAAGAGCAAAGCAGCACCAUUGACCGUCUUUCCAAGGAGAACUUUGACCUCAAGAUGCGCAUCCACUUCCUCAAUGAAGCACUAAAUCGACGCUCUGAGGAGGGCAUCAAGGAGAUGAUCUCGGAGAAUGUUGAGUUGAAGUCAGACAAGCUGAAGCUGCAGAAGGACAAUCAAAGCCUGAAGCGCAAGCUGCGCGAUCUCGAGAAACAGUUGAAAGACCAACAGUCCGACAAGGAGUCGAUGCUGAACCAUGACCCCGAAGGGUCGGACGAGGAAGACCGUGACCCCGCACAGGACGAGGAGAUUCUCUUCCUACGCGAGCGGGCAGAGACAUAUGAACUGGAAAUCGAGCGACUCCGUUCGGAAAGCAUUGCCCGCGAAAGUGAGAAGAGACGACUGGCCGAGAUGGUGAAAUCCCUCAGUGACGGGCGGCCCAUGGGAUCGGAUGUUGGCGCCCGGGAGGAGAGGGAUAUGUGGAAGGACAUGCUGGAGGCCGAGACGGCGGCUCGCGAGCAGGCAGAAGAGGAAAAUAAGCGGCUGCGCGAAGAGACCCUGCGCUUGAAGAACGAGAUGAACUUCCCUGUCGUCGCCGCGCGAGUCGGGCAACGCGACAGAAUUGGCUCAAUGGCCUCGUACUCUGCGGCGUCCGAACGAGACUUCAGCCGCGAUCCCCAUACUGUUAGCUCAUCCAGCUCGACGCUGGUGAUGGAGUUGGAACUGCUCAAGCAAGAGAAUGCGGAGCUGAGAAAGGAGGUGAGCGCUCAGACCUCGAUGCUCACGUCCCGGAACCGGGAGAAGGAGCGGUUAUACCAGGAGAUUGAAGAGCUCAAACUUGGUCAACGCCGGGAUGGGACUCGAUCGGUUGCCGGCGACAGCAUCUUCGAUCGCUCGGCGUCCCGGGCACAUGGUCGGCCCUCUUCGCGCGCCAGCGAUGGCACGGGUCAAUCGCCGAGCGACGAUGCCGAACGCGAAGACCUAGAAACGCGCGUAGGCCAGCUGCGCGACCAGGUGUCGGCUCUGAAGCUUGAAAACCAAUCUAUUCGGGAGCAGCUGGAUGAGGUCAACCAGGAUUAUGACUCGCUGGACAAGGCAUAUCAGGCCGACAUAGCCGAAGAGCGCGAUGAAGCAUUCCAAAACAUCCGCGCAGAAGCUCAGGAAGAGCUAGACGCCAUGAGUGAGGCUCUAGAGCAGAAGGUAGAAGAGUGCCAGCGAUUGAGCGAAGAAGUGCGUGUUCAGGACGAAAACCUUCGGGCACUCCAGGCUGAGAUGCGCUCAGCUAGCGAGGGCAUCAUUCGGCUUGAGGAAGAUGCACAGAACAAUCUCCAGCGGUACAAGGCCGUCCAGCAGGAACUGGAGGACUGCAACCGCGAGAUGGAGUCGCUGGAGAAGGAUCUCUAUGAGGCUAACACUAAAGUACAACGGCUCACCGUGCAAAUUGAGUCGAGUCAGAAUGAGAUUGCGUUCCUCCGCGAGGAGCAGGAUGGCGACAAGAUCAAGAUCGGAGAUCUUGAAUCGGAGCUCAAGUCCUACCAGCUCAGCCUGCAAAGCGAGCGCGACAAGACACGCGAACUCGAGGAACGGUUGGCGGAGGAACGGCACCAGCGUGAAGUUGUGGGCAGCAAAGAGAAGCAAGAGGUGCAGCGCAUUGUCAACGAGCUGAACCGUGAGGCGACCUCCGCCAAGGAGGAGAACCGCAAACUUAGGAAGAACCUGUCGGCGCAGGAAAUUGAAGCCGCCACCUGGAAAGAGCGGUUGCUGGACUUGGAAAACAACCUACGAGAGACGCUGGGUGAUCUAACCGGCAGUCGCUCUAGUCUGAUUUCCAACAUCAUGAAGCUGCAAAAGGAGCUGGAGUCGACGGCCUUGGAGCUCGAAAGCACGCGAGCCAAGCUGGACGACAAAGAGUCGCUUCUGCGCAACCGCGAUGCGCUGCUGGAGAGUCAUGGGUUGGAAUCGCGCAAGCUGGCCGAGCUGCUGGACCGCGAGCGCCAUGCCCGCCGUGCCGACAAGCAGUCGUUCGAGCAAGCUCUCAAAUCCCACCACCAGGCCUCGCGCACCAUCACGCAGAACAACUCGCGCAUCUCGGAGCUGGAGAAUGCGCGUAAUCAAGAUCGCAAGCGCUUCACCACUCUGGAGCAGCAGUUCCGCGACCAGCUGAGCGAGCGCAACGUGAUGCUCCUAAACAUCUGGAAACGCCUGUCAGCCAUGUGCGGACCUGACUGGGCGCAUUCAAACAGCUUGAUCAACGGCAAUCUCCCCAGUCAGGAGGUCAUUGGCAACAUCCUCUUCUGGCCCGGGUUUAGCCGCAAUCUUCUGCUCGCUGUGAAGACCGUCGAAAGCGUUAUCUCGGGCUUCAAGUCGCGCAUCAAGGGUGUUGAACGGGACUUAACCAAACAGUACCAGAUGCUGGAGCAUACCUUCAGUCUGCGCGUUAAGAAGCUUGACCGCCUCGAGGAGUCCAUGAUGAACAUGCGCGCACAACAGCACAGCCGGAACCAGUCCGGGAUGUCUCCUGAGAUGGCGAAGCUCCGGGGUGAGAACCGGCUCUUGAAGGCCGAGCUGAACCUGCUUCAAUCGCACUCACGCAGCCGGGGACCUGCCUCUGCGGCCGUCUCCGCCGCCGCUGUUGGCAUUGGAUCCAACUCCCCACGGUCGCCGACACGUGCGCUGAGCCUAGACCCUGGAGCCGAUGCAGAACCAGGCUCUCUGAUCCGUCAUCAUUCAGCAGUCGAGAAACCCGCCCCGUCGCGUGGUCUGUCGCGGAGCGCCACCACUGGCAUCCCUCAACCCUCGCAUUCGGCCUCGACAACCUCGACGGCGACGCUCGCCAAUGAUGGACCAGGAGCAUUGGUGCAAGGUUCUCGCUCCCGACAUAUGUCCGCUGACCCGGGGAGUAAUGAGAAGUGGAUCCAACGCUUGCAUGAGCUGGAGAAGCGAUUGAAGGCCGAACGGGAGGCUCGCCUUCUGGACCGAAGCGGCGCACGGCGGCGCCUGGAAGAGCGCGAUGCGGAGAACCAGCGACUCCGCGCGCAGCUCGAGCGACAGCAUGUACGCAAAGAGCUAUCCGCGGGCACGUCGACCGAUGAGGACGUACGCGCGCGUGGUCAACGGCGGCUCGAGGGGUCAGACCCGGGCACGAGUGACGGAUAUGAUCGGCGUCGGGACGAUGAGAUGAGCUCGAGCGAAGGCGAGGGCAUCUACGUUGACAUUGAGGUCUGA